AUGUCGUGGAUGUGGUCCAUGAUGGAGAUGCCCGGGGGUUUGCUCUUGCUCCUAAUUUUGCAGUUUUUUACAGGGAACACUUCAGGGACACUUGUCUCCAGCUGUGAUUCAUGUCACAUUGAAUCCAUGUGCCAGGAGUCACAGGACAGAGGAGACACGUUUAGUGGCCCGGUUCUCUCUUGUGUCUGUAAAGAUGGCUUCAUAGGCGACGGUCUCACCUGCUACGACGCAAAACUCUGCAGUGACUCUUCGUGUUGUAGCCAAGGUUAUCACUGGUCACCAGACAGCGGCUGUGUGGAAACUGACGAGUGCUCCCUCCCAGACCCACCGUGUGCACCGCCUCAGGUGUGCCACAACACACCAGGCUCUUUCAUAUGUAUGGAGCCUUCCUCCGCUGCCAGAUAUGGGCCCUCUUCCCAAUCUGUCCAGUUCAGGUGUGGAAACACUGUUUGCCCAACAGGCAUGGACUGCAUCAGUACUAAUGGGGUCGCCCGCUGUGCUGACCCCUGUGAGCGCUACACUGAGCUGCACCAUGACUGGCGGUCGAUAGAUAACAAAUUAAAUCUGAAACCACGCUGUGACAGAGAUGUUAAUUGGCAAGGCUGGUAUCGUCUGUUCCUGAAUAAAACCAGUGCCCAUGUUCCCGAGUGGUGUGUUCAGAGAAAAAGGUGUGGAACACAAGUUCCCCUUUGGAUAACAGAGCCUCAUCCCACACAGCCAGGAGUGAUUGUAAAUCGGAAUGUAUGUGGUCACUGGCUCUCCAGCUGCUGCUCUUAUAGCUCGAACACCAUCAAUGUCAAACUCUGCAAUGGAAACUACUACGUCUACAAACUGGUGAAGCCGAACCUAUGCUAUCAGGCCUACUGUGCAGAGGUGGACAGAACAGACGUUGUAGUGCCUUUGACCACUCCUGGUCCAGGACAGCAAGGCACCUCUCAAACAGCAGCAGUGCACCACACCACAGAUUCACCAACCACACUUGAUACAGGAUCUCAGACCUUCACCUCUGCUGCACUCACAUCUGACACCUCUGGAACAACAGCAGCAGUGCACCACACCACAGAUUCAUCAACCACACUUGAUACAGGAUCUCAGACCUUCACCUCGGCUGCACUCACAUCUGACACCUCUGGAACAACAGCAGCAGUGCACCACACCACAGAUUCACCAACCACACUUGAUACAGGAUCUCAGACCUUCACCUCUGCUGCACUCACAUCUGACACCUCUGGAACAACAGCAGCAGUGCACCACACCACAGAUUCACCAACCACACUUGAUACAGGAUCUCAGACCUUCACCUCUGCUUCGCUCACAUCUGGCACCCCUGGAACAACAGCGGUGAACAACAGCACAGGAGACGAGGGACAGGUCCGUCUGGCCAAUGGAGGAAACAGCUCCUGCUCUGGCAGAGUAGAGAUCUUCCUCCGUGGACAGUGGGGGACGGUGUGUGAUGACAACUGGGACCUGGUUGAUGCUCAGGUGGUGUGCAGGCAGCUGGGUUGUGGCAGGGUCCUGUCAGCACCACAACGUGCACGGUUUGGACAGGGCAGUGGACCCAUCUGGUUAGACGAUGUUGUUUGCUCCGGCAGCGAAUCACAGCUGACCGAGUGCCGUAACCGAGGGAUUGGAUCUCACAACUGUGGUCACAGUGAGGAUGCUGGUGUCGUCUGUGAAGGGCUAAAUAUGGCUGCCAUAACAGCCAUGGGUUUGAAUCCACUCGCUGGAAACCUGGCAGUUCAAAACUGCUCCUGGGUCAGAAUGCAUAAUGAUGUAGUUUGGUACGAGGUGGACGCUCAGGCAGGUGCAUGUGGAAACACACUGAGGACCAACCGUACACACGCCAUCUACUCCAACAGUUUAUAUCUCUACCGAGGAAAUGUGUCCUUCUCACGUCCUGUGAGUCUUCCCUUCUCCUGUGCGUAUCCCCUCGACACAGACGUCAGCAUGAAUGUGGCAGUCAGACCAGUGCUGCCGUCUGCAGUUGGCCUCUCAGGCUUAGGUAGCAAAGCUCGAGCCUCCAUGUCUCUGUUCCGCACCUCCAGCUUCACUCAGCCUUAUCCACCUGGUUUGAUCACGCUCCCUGUGGGCUCACCUCUGCAUGUGGGCGUCUCUGUAUUAGUCAGAGACCCAAGCUUUGUAGUUGUUCUGGAGAACUGCUACGCCUCUAACUCAUCAAACUCCAAUGAUACCGCACAAUACAUUUUCAUCCAGAACAAGUGCCCCACUGACCGACAGCAAGUGGCAGUGAUCGAGAGCGGCUCAUCCCGACAGGCUCGUUUCUCCGUCCUGUUUUUCCUGAUCGACGGUGAAUACAGUGACAUGUACCUCCACUGCAGCCUCAGCCUGUGUGACCAGAGGAGCUCCCGCUGUGCCCCAUCUUGCAGAAGAAGGACAUCUCGCUCUGUUUCCAGCUCUGCUCCUCUGAAGCCCCUCACCAUUGGACCAAUCACUUGGUCCAAGUCACCUGAGUGAGCUGGUAACACAUAGUAAUAAUACAAACACAUUUCAUAGUGUG